AUGUCAUCAUCAAUCCUUGAAUAUGCACAUACAAAGCUAUUGGAACAAGAAUGGUACAUGAAUCAUAUUAUACCUGAACAUCUAAUUCGUAUUUAUUGGUGUUUAAUACUAAUGUGUAUAUAUGCAUUAAUUGAACUCGACUAUUUACCAGGUAAAAAAUGGAAGAUUCGAAAAGAUUUACAAACAUCAUCAAAAGAAAUUCUAUAUUAUAUGAAAUCAUCUCUAAUGAACAUGAUUAAAUGGCAUAUUUUACCAUUAGUAUUCUAUGAGAUAUUCUUUUAUCGACCGAAUGUUCAUUUUUAUGUGACACCCACUUGGUGGACUUUACUGUGGAAGUCUGUCGCAUAUACAUUUAUUUUUGAUAUAUUAACACAUUUAUUUCAUCAUAUUACUCAUCUUCAUCCACGGAUUGCGUCAUUUUUCUAUCGAUCACAUGCUAUACACCAUGCUAGUUGUGGAAGAUACAUUUAUCCAUGGAAUGGAUUCUAUGGUAGCAAAUUAGAAGCUUUUGCUGGACUGAUUUUCUUUCUUACGGCUAUGAUUCCACUUCAAAUGGAUCCAUUAACUCGUCUUGUAUCUAUUCUGUUUAUUCACUUUGUGGCAACUAAUAUUCAUUCAGGUUAUGAUUUUCCUUGGAUGUUUCAUAAUUGGAGUCGUUUAGGUCGACUCACAUGGCAUGGUUCAAUUGGACAUUAUUUUCAUCAUCAACUUGGUCGAAAGAAUGUGUCGACUUUUUGGACAUUUCUUGAUCGAUUAUCUGGCACUUAUUAUGAUUCAACGUGUCAUGUUUCUACUAAUCCGAAUGAGUUUAUAUACCGACGCGAUACAGCUCUUAUUCGAUAA